CUACGCUUGAAGUGGGACACUCUGACAGACAGACUGAAAGAUUAGCCGCUCAGGCAGACUGUAAAUACCCUAGGGACCAUAUUCAGUCCAUGCACGUUCGUCCUUGCACGGUCCGAAAUCCAUCACGGCUGUCAAUCUUUUGAUUCUAAUCAUGGCGACUCUUUUGCUCCCGAGAGAUAGGCCUACAGUCACCGACGACAACCUCUCCGCUGUUGUCCAAAUUCUCGCUAUCCUUUUUCUCUCCUUUUCAAUCGUCGCAGUUGCCGUAGAGGCCACAACGAAACGUGCCAUCUCCAAACGAUUUGCCAACGGCGACUAUGUACUCUUUGGGGCUCUUAUCUUAUGCAUUGCUGCUACUUCUACUCUUUUGAGUCCAGCCGGUCGAAGCGUUGGUAACUCAAUCGCCAAUGUAGCACCAGCGACGGCGGAGAAUGCUUUCAGGGCUGUCUACGCAGGUGCCAUGUUGGACGUAGUGGCUCUGGCUACGAUCAAAGUUGCGAUGCUAUUCGCGUUCCAUGGUAUUACACCUGUCAAGAUACAUCGCUAUGCCAUAUACGCUGCAGGACUUGUCACACUCGCGUGGGCUAUCUCAGGGCUAUUCGUCAUUGGUUUUCAGUGCGAUGGUCCUGAUCGCUGGGUGCUGGGUAAGACUAGAUGCAUUGAACUGACUGGCACAAGAACAUACAUAGCAGCUGGGAACAUACUAACUGACUUAGCUCUCAUAGCCAUUCCAACAGCAGUCAUCUCGAGAGUGAAGUUGCCCCUCACAAAGCGUCUAACUUUGCUGUCAGGCUUCUGGGUGCGACUGGUCGUAAUUGGUGUCACAACCACUCAAAUCGUAUUUCUUCAGGAGCUCAAUUAUGCGGACGACAACUUGCUUCAAAACAUUUGGAAAGUGGUAAUUUGCAGAGAAGCUGUACAGUGCAGCAGCAUUAUGACUGCCUGCAUCCCCUUUUUGAAGCCAUUCAUGGGUAGCCUGCAAUCUGGCUUCCUUCGAGCAGACGAUGUAAAGCGUCGAAAUGCUGCUGGCAUCACUUUGAAUGGUAACGAGUCAGAUUGGUCCUCACGAUAUGUAGAGAUUCAAAAGCAACACACCAACUCCUCGCUCCGUCUUCAAUCUUUGACCGUUCAGAGUAAUCAUUCGACACCUGGGACCCCUCAAAAUCCUGUCUGAAUCAAAAAUGUCAUGUUUUGCAAGAGGUUAUAUACCGUCAGUUCGUAG